UCUCGCUCGCCGGCCCACCCGGACCCGCCGGUCAGUACUGGAGGGAGGCAGCGUACCUUGGGGAGCCGUUCUUCAGUUGCCAGGGAAUUUCAGGAGACUGCUUCUGGAAUAACCGCCUAAGGAGAACUUGGACAAAUGCGGCAUCGGUGCGUCCUGAUGAGAAAGCUCCCUUCUUGAAUGCAGAAGGAAAAAUGUCAGAGGGUGGCUCGUUGAGUUCGGGUUCAGUCGUCAAGUCGGUGCAUCGGGUAGUGCAGCUGGCCGGCAGGGGAGACUGGAUAGCUCUGGAGCAGACCCUCAAAUCGAUGGAUAAGGGUGACCCCGAGAUUUCUCAGACUGGCGAGGAGUCAGGGCUGACGCCCCUCAUGAUUGCUGUCAAAGAGAACAGGCUGUCAAUAGUGGAAAGGCUGCUGGACCUGGCCGUGAAUGUGGAUGACCAGGCCGAGGAUGGCAGAAAUGCUUUACAUAUUGCAGCAACUCACUCUAAGGAGGAAAUUGUAAAACUUCUCGUGAAGAAAAUUGAUCCAAAUCUUCUUGGAGGGCCCAAAAAUCAAUUACCGUUACACUAUGUAGCUGUCCGAUCCUCUGGAGCUCAAAAUAUUAUUCAGACAUUACUUAAAUAUUCCAGUAAAGAAGCCCGCCUUGUUCAGGAUGAGGAUGGGUGCAUUCCUCUUAUUUUAUCUGUCGAAGCUGGAAACGUUGCAGUCUGCAAGGAACUGCUUAGUGCCAUGCCAGUUGCUCAACUCAGGGCACAGAGAAAGGGCAAUGGGGACACUGCGCUACAUGCAUGCUGCAGGAAGAAAGACGUAGAGCUGGCAAAGCUUCUAGUUGAAUACGGAGCUAAUGUGGACUUUCAAAAUGAUGAAGGUCAGACAUCUUUACAUGUGGCUGCCUGGGAAGGGGAUGAGGCCAUGCUGAAAUAUUUUUAUCAGUGCAAAGCUAACCCUAACAUAGUUGACAAGCUUGACAGGUCUCCACUUCAUAUUGCAGCUGAAAGAGGUCACACCAACAUUGUUGAAGUUUUAACUGAAAAGUUCAAGUCUAAUGUUUUAAGCCGAACAAAGGAUGGGAGUACGCUCAUGCACAUUGCCUCCCAGUGUGGACAUCCCGAGACUGCUCUUACCUUCUUGAAGAAAGGUGUUCCACUGCAUAUGCCAGAUAAGUCUGGAGCCGUGUGUCUACAUGCAGCUGCCAAGAGGGGCCAUACGGCAGUUGUGAAAGCUUUGCUUCAGAAAGGAGCACACGUGGAUGCGAUAACAAAAGAUGGCUACACUGCUUUGCACAUUGCCGUGCAGUACUGCAAACCCUUGGUCGUGCAGACUCUCUUGGGCUUUGGUGCACAGGUCCAGCUCAAGGGAGGGAAGGCCCAGGAAACACCAUUACAUAUUGCUGCCCAUGUGAAGGAGGGUGAGAAAGUAGCAGAAAUGCUGUUGAAGAGUGGUGCCGAUGUCAAUGCUGAGCAAGAGAAUGGUGAAACAGCCAUGCACAUUGCUGCCCGCUAUGGAAACCUUAAAAUGAUGCAGGCCCUUAUAGAAGAAGGAGGAGACGUGACAUCGCAGUCUAAGGCUGGUGAGAACCCGCUUCAUAUUGCAGUACGUCACUGUCAUGCUCAUGUUGUGGAAGAGAUUCUUACUUACCUUGCCAGUGAAAAGUCCCUGAUGGAGGCAGUUGUCUGUGUAAAUCAGGAGAACAAGGAAGGAGAGACACCACUGCAUCUAGCAGCUGAGAUUAAGAAGGAUAUGAUCCACUUUGAACACGAGGACAUCAAAAUCAUUGAAAUAUUAAUGGAGUAUGAUGUCGACAUAACAGCAGCUACCAAACUGACUUGGGAAACUCCACUUCAUUAUUCUGCUCGAGUGGGGAAUGCCGAUGUCCUUCUUGAAAUGUUAAAGAAUUUCCGAUCCCACCAACUGCAGCAAGUUAUCAAUAAGCAAGCUAAAAAUGGUUGGUCUCCUUUGCUAAUGGCAGCAGAGCGUGGCCACACAGAAAUUGUUAAGAUCUUGUUGCAGAAUCAUGCCAGAGUGGAUGUCUUUGAUGAGCACGGUAAAGCAGCCCUCCACUUAGCUGCAGAAAAUGGCAACAAGGAGAUUGCUGACAUCCUACUGCAGCAUAAAGCAUUUGUCAAUGCUAAGACUAAGUUAGGACUUACACCCCUGCACUUAGCAGCACAGAAUGGAUACAACAGGCUUGUCAAAUUACUGGUGGAGACACACAUGGCCAGCAUUGAUGUCCUGUCUCUGACCAAACGAACUCCAUUGCACCUGGCAGCGCUCAGUGGUCAGCUGGAUGUUUGCAGCACCUUGUUAAACAUAAAGGCAGACAUUAAUGCUACCGAUAUUCACGGACAGACCCCUCUUCACUUAGCCGCGGAGAAUGACCAUUCGGAGGUGGUGAAGCUUUUCCUCAAGCAUAAGCCAGAGCUGGCCACUACAGCCAACAAGGAAGGAUCCACUUGUGCACACAUUGCUGCCUCCAAAGGCAGUGUGGCGGUCAUUAAAGAGCUGCUGAAAUUUAAUAAGAAUGGCGUCACCUCUGCACGCAAUAAGACAAAUGAUUCAAGCCCACUACAUUUGGCGGCAGCCGGCGGUCACACCGAUGUUGUUAAGGUUCUGUUAGAGGCUGGAGCAUCAGCGUCUGAAGAAAAUGCUGAAGGAAUGACUGCAGUUCAUUUAGCUGCUAAGUAUGGACACAUUAACGUUCUUGAUGCCCUGAAAGGAACCAUGUCCUUUAAGAUACACAGCACUAAGACUGGACUGACUGCACUUCACGUGGCGGCUCAGUUUGGUCAGGUGGAUUUCGUCCGGGAGAUUCUCACGAAAGUACCAGCAACUGUGCAGAGUGAAGUUCCACAAAGCACCAUGGAGGGGAGGCUCAUCAGAGAACACACGAGUGAGUCUGGAUAUACUCCUCUACAUCUUGCUGCUCAGUCGGGCCAUGAAAAUCUCGUGAGGCUCCUACUCAAUUAUCCUGGAGUACAAGCAGAUGCACAGACACACCUUCAGGGCUCAACUCCUCUUCAUCUUGCGGCUCAGAAUGGUCACACAGCUGUGGUGGGACUCCUUCUUAGUAAAUCAACAUCUCACCUACUUUUGAAAGACAAACGUGGACGCACAUGUCUCCAUUUGGCUGCAGCUAAUGGCCAUUCUCAGAUGGUGCGGGUACUACUGGGUCAAGGGGCUGAAAUCAACGAUGUGGAUAAGAACGGCUGGACGCCACUCCACUUUGCAGCCAAGUCAGGAUUCCUGGAGACGGUGCGGUUCCUGGUGGAGAGUGGAGCCUCUUCCAAACUUGAGUGUAAAGAAGGGAAGCUGCCAAUUCAAUAUGCGGCGGAGGAGAAUCACCAGGAAACCCUGAGCUUCCUACUGAGGAGAGGCAGCAACUCUUUAAAACUCAUUGAAGACAGGAAGUUUAUUUUUGACCUAAUGGUAUGUGGGAAAAUGAACAAAAACAAAGUAAUUGUGGAGUUCGUCCUUCACUCCCCAGCUCCUCUGAACACGGCUGUGAAGCUCUCCCGUGCAUUCAGCCUCACGGCCCUCAAGGAGAAAGAACGAUCGAUGGACCUUCUCAAUGCAGCUAAGUGCUGUGAAGGCAUGGCCACCGAACUCCUCACUGUGGCCUCCGGUGGGAAAAGUGCUGGUUACAUCCUACGUGCUGUAGACCAUAGGAACACAUCUAUGCUCGACUGCCUGAUUGAGAGUCAACAGAAGGAUGUGGUUGCCCAUCCAGCUGUGCAGAAGUACCUUACAGAAGUCUGGUAUGGAAAUUUAAAGUGGGCAACAUGGAAAAUAGCUCUUUUGUUUUUUUGUUUCCUGCUGUGCCCCCCAGUAUGGCUCAUUUUUUCACUGCCCCUGAGGCACAGGUUUAAUAAGAUUCCCAUUAUUAAGUUCAUGAGCCAUUUGGUCUCUCACAUCUUCCUAAUAUUACUUUUUAUCUUAACUAUUGUCUAUCCUCCCAUAAACCCUAUAUAUCUGGGACAAAUGUUGCCGGCCUGGAAUGAGUGGCUUCUUCUUGCCUGGCUUGCUGGUGUCCUAGUCUCAGAAUUAACCCAUCCAGGAGAAAGAGUAGGCCUUGCCUGGAUUCGUGUUUUGGUCCUUGGAUUUUCUGCCAUUGGAUUCUUCUGCCACAUUCUUGCAAUUGCCUUCCACAUUCCUGAUCGGCUAAACUGCCUAUUUGUCCGUAACAUUUUUUUAUCAAUUUCCAUGACCCUUAGCUUUAUGCAGUUCCUUGAGUUUUUGACCUUUCACCACCUCUUUGGUCCCUGGGCGAUUAUAAUCCGUGACCUUAUGAAAGACUUGGCACGGUUUGCAGUCAUCCUUGUACUUUUUGAAAUUGCCUUUACCAUGAAUCUCUCUGCUAUAUAUCAACCAGUAUACCCAGUGGAUACAUCCAUAGAUAACCACACAAGUAAUGGCAAUGGCACAAAAACCCAAACGCCUCUGGAAAUAUCCUUCAAGCUCUUCUUUGCUCUUUUUGGAUUAGUUGACCCCGAUUCCAUGCCUCCUCUUAUCCGGACACCUGCUUUCACUAAAGCGAUCACUCAUUUUAUUUUUGGUGUGUAUUUGGUGGUCACAGUUAUUGUGUUGAUAAACUUACUGAUCGCCAUGAUGAGUGAUACCUACCAAAGGAUUCAGGCCCAGUCUGAUACAGAGUGGAAGUUUGGAAGAGCCAUGCUGAUUCGGGACAUGAACAGGAAGUCUGGUACACCAUCACCUUUCAACUUAUUUACGGUCCUGUUCUUCUAUGUCAAGACACUGUGCAAGCAUGGUGGUAAAAUCUGUUGUUAUCAGGGGAGAGAACUCAUGACAGAAGAACAUGAAGACCUGAGUCAUAUCUUAGACAACACCUCCUUAGACAUGCUGACCCACACCCAUGUUGGCUGGAUACGCACAACUAAGCGGACACAGAUUUCUCCAGAAGGGGGAUUCAUCAGACCUUCCCGACAGAGUGGACUGGUUCAGAUUGAAGAAGUCACUGACUGGCAGAGUGUGGCAAUUCGCUAUUUGUCUCUUAAGGGGCAAACUGAUGGAACAUUAAUUGAGAAAGACCCUCCGCCCUAUGAGGACAGCCUGAACAUCCAAAGCUUUGGUUUUAAACGGUUUUAAAAGCAAUUCUCUUCACCAAUAUGAAUAUAAAAAGUGUUUAUUUGUCUUUA